CAAAUUGGGGCGUCGAAACGUGGUUAACGUGGUGAAAACAAACUCCUCUCAUGUCAGUGUCUCAUGUAGAUUCCUCCAAUGGAAACGCCGAUCAUCAGUUCCUUCAGUGAAAGCGAAGCAGCCACCGUGUACGAGCCUGCGGAAGACAGUUUUCUCUUAAUCGAUGCUCUCGAAAAGGAGCUUCCAGAGAUCGCCAGGAGGAGGCCAUCACUAUGCGUUGAAGUUGGCUCCGGUUCAGGGAUUGUUACUGCAGCAAUAGCGAAAGCGUUAGGCCGGACUUGUUGCUUUAUAGCAACUGACAUAAAUGAAAAUGCAGCGGCCAUGACCAAAAGGACCUGUGAGAGAAACGGAGCUGAUGUUGAUGUCGUUGUUAACGAUCUCGUAGAAUGUCUUGCGGACCGCCUUCGCAACCGAGUGGACCUCCUGAUUUUUAAUCCGCCGUACGUCGUAACGCCGUCUAAAGAGGUGCAAGGCGAUCAGCUGCUCACUCGAUCCUGGGCUGGUGGCAUAAAAGGUCGCGAGGUCAUGGACAGGCUGGCUCCCUACGUUUCUCAAAUACUGAGCGACCGUGGCUUGUAUUUUUUACUAGUAAUCAAGGAGAAUGACCCUGAUGAUGUCUGCAAAUUGAUGUCUACACACGGCCUGCAGGGAAGAUGCGUUAUUGCUAGGCGAUGUGGAGCAGAGUCUCUUAGUGUGCUGCGAUUCGAAAAGUGCACAAAUAAGUCCUGACAGACCCUACCCACAUUGUCUGUCUAGAUGGUCGGCUGUAGUGUCACCAACUUUCAACUUUUAUGGUGGGCUACACAUCUACAAACACGUGAAACUUUCAAGUAAAACAUGCUUUUCAGCAGCUGGUAGGCACACGCAUCUUGGGAUGGAGUGCAGAGAUCAGUAUUAAGUAGUCGUGACGAGCAAAGUGGGUGGUUGCUGUGGUGUAGUCAGGCACCUUUUCGUGUCGCUGAAAAUACUUUGUUGACAACUUAUAAUAUAACACCACUUAAGAACCACUUUCAUGACUCAAUCAUGAAACCAGGUGUGCUGCCCGAGUGUUGCUGUGGCAACCUAUAAACUGACUAAGGGAUGCGGGCAGCCUGUUGGUUAGUGUUCAUGAUAACACAGUGCAGCACGACUGGAUGAGGACAGAGCUAUUUACAACUACCAAUUUUUUCUUUAAUUUCACAUGCAUGCGAUACGUGUAACCACAUAAUAAAACAAAUCAACAAAGAACCUAUAUGUGUCCAACAGCAUUUCACUAUAGCACCAGCAUGUACAUCAGGUAAUCUGGUUUAAAGUAGACUUCUUGAAGAUUUCAGGGGCGAAGCACCUUAAGGCGUGGGUCUUGUGUCUUCUGUAUGUAGUAGCCACCUCUCGUAUUAGUCCUUCGAAUGGCCACUAGGUGGCGGUACGUGUAUAUGACAUAUAGAGUUACUGUUUAUGCUACUUUUAGAUAGCAGAGUUGCGCCAAAGUACGCACGUCAUCUUGGGUUCAAAAGUUUCGCGGGAAAGCCGCUCACCGCUGGCGUAAGAGCAGCACUCACGUUUCGGAGCACUAGCGUUGCUUGCUUUACUUUUUCGCUUUCUUUUUAUUUUUUAUGAGGGCCAACACUGGGCAGGGAGCAUCCAGGCUGUAGUAAGGCAAAAUGCAGCCAGAACAAAACAAAAAAAUUAUUUUUACAACGUAUGUACAGAGCGAGGACGAGGAGGCCUCCGACGCUAAAUGUGCCGGCCGUGUACAGGCGUUGAGACGCUGAAGGAGCAGAUGGGAGCACCGCCAUUGAGACGCGUCCAGCGUCUCUGUGGGACGCGUCCAGUGUCGGUGAAGGACGGACGUGGUGUCUGUGCAAAGGGCGCCAGCGCGUUCGUAACACUGUGAAGCAUCGACGAUGGCUGCGUAGUGUUGGUUUCUCCGCAGUGCAUUUGAACCACCUAUGACCACGUGAUGGCACGCAAUCAAUAGCAUUGCUGAAAUCAUCAAAAGCCUGGUGAGCGGCGCCCGGAAAACAGUGGCACGACUCUGCUACCUAAGGAUAGCAUAUACAGUAACUCUAAUGAUGAAAAGAUGCGAGAUGGCGGUACUUGGAGUGUUCACUAGAUGGACGCACAGACGGACAUACAAACAGACACGGCCAGUGAAUGAUUCAUGGUUUGUCGAUAAAACCCUUCGAAGCUUCACGGCACGCAUAAUCAUUCACUCCGUGGAUAUGCUGUGGUUUUUUUUUUUUAUAUUGAAAAUUGAAAGUUUCUGAGCACGUUUUCUCUCGCAUUAUCAGGAAAACAAAUUUAGGUAGGUUGUGAUUAUGCCAUCGUUUCUUUGAUGUAUACCUUUAAAUGAUUUUAUUGUGACAUUUUCUCUUGUUUGCCUGGUUAUACUUAUAGUAUACGUGCAAAAGUAAAACUGUGGUUGAAAGUAUUGCUGCAAGUGGAUAAAGUUUUUUUUCUGUGCCUAUCCAGUCAUGCUACAUUGCGUUGACUUGAACCAUGAACCAAUAGCCCCAAAGGGGAACACUUGCGAAAGACUGUGAUAAUUUGCUGACACGGGCCAUCACGGCACCUAGCAAUAUGCUACUUCGACAAAAAUUUUGAAUGCACUGGGCAUUUCUGUGUGCUGCUACACAAAGCAACCGUGAGUUGUGGGAUGCUUGCAAGCAGUCAGAUCUCGGUGUCAUUUAUAAUAAAGGCAAGCUAGCAUAUGU